AAAUCCGAAUACCCGAUCCGCAUCCGAUCCGAUUUUUUUGGAUAUCCGAUCCGAAAUCGAUUUCGGAUCGGAUAUCCGAUCCGUAAUUAUCGGAUACGGAUACGGAUACGGAUCUUAUUUUUUCUGAAAUCGGAUAUCCGAUAUCCGAAAAAUUAUCGGAUAUCGGAUAUCGGAUAUCCGAUAUCCGACCCAAGAUCCGAAAUUGUACUAAAUCCAAGUUUUUAUUUUUUAGUUUUCAAAAUCAAAACAAAUGUUGCCCUAAACUCAAACUCAUAUCUCUCUCAGACUCUCACGGCCUCACGCCGUUUCUCUCUCUCAUCUGUGUCCUUUCCCAAUCUCUCAUCUAGAUCUCUCGCCGGCAACGAUCGAUCUCUCACCGGAAGCCCACUCUCACCUCUCACUGGCCGCUCUCAACUCUCAAGCUCUCGUUUCACGGCAGCGUCUUAUCGAUCUCUCACCGACCAUAAGCUCUACUUCUGUUGUAAUUCACCGGAUUAAUGGAUGAAACGACCGGUGAAAGUAUUACCCCCACCGGUCCCUCGAGCGAGGACCCUGUUGUUUCAAGUGCUCCUUGUGAAGGAGGUCAAAAUCAACAAGAGCAAGGGGCUGCUGCAGUACCAAAAGCUCCAGCCAAAAGGCCCGCAACUGAAACUGCCACUGAUGCUCAAAAUAAAGGUAAGAAAAAAAAAUCUUGGCUCUGGGAUCAUUUUGAGUUGAUCAUAAAAAAUGGAGAAGAAAGAGCUAAAUGCGUGUAUUGUCCAACUGAUGUUUGUGGUAGCUCUAAAACAGGCACAUCUGUUAUGAAAAAUCACCUUCUUAGAUGUAAAGAAUACCCUCCUAACAUCGAUAAAUCACAAAGGCUUCUUUCUUUGCAAAGUGAACAAAGUCAACAGAGUAUGGGAGAUGGCAGUGUUGGUGAAAAUGUAACUGGGGAAAAAAAAGGGAAAUUAGAAUUUUGGAAGUUUAAGCAAGAGGAUACUCGGAAAGCUUUUGCAAAGAUGAUAAUAAUGGAUGAAAUGCCAUUUAGAGUUGUUGAGCGUGAGGGUUUUCAACUUUUCAUGUCAGUUUGUCAACCAAACUUCCUCAUUCCCUCACGUUUCACAGUGGCUAGAGAUUGUUAUCGUGUAUUUUUAGAUAAGAAAAAGAAACUGAAAAGUUAUUUGAGCAAGUGUUCUUCUCGUAUUUGUCUCACUACUGAUACUUGGUCAUCUUCUCAAACUUUAACCUACAUGUGUUUAACUGCCCAUUUCAUAGAUCAAAAUUGGAAAUUGCAUAAAAAGAUUUUGAACUUUUGUCCAAUUAGUGGUCAUUCAGGUGAGGCAAUUGGUAAAGCGGUUGAAAAGUGUCUUCUUGAGUGGGGAAUUACUAAGGUACUUACCAUUACAGUAGACAAUGCAAGUUCAAAUGAUGUAGGUGUCCAAUAUUUGAGAAAGAGGUUGCAAAGAUGGAAGGAUGGGACUGUUUUGGAUGGUAAAUAUGUUCAUAUGCGUUGUGCAGCCCAUCUUCUUAAUCUUACUGUGAAAGAUGGUUUAAAAGAUUGUGAGGAUUCAAUCAAAAAAAUUCGUGGUGCUGUGAAGUUUGUUAGAUCUUCUCCUGCAAGAUUACAAAAGUUUAAAAAUUGUGUAAACCAAGAGCAAAUUGAGUCAAAACGUCAACUUUGUUUAGAUGUCGAAACUAGGUGGAACUCCACUUAUUUGAUGUUGGAUUAUGCUAUGGUUUUCCGAAAAGCUUUUGAUUUGCUUGAAAAUUCUGAUGGUGGUAAAUACGUUGCUGAGUUAACAAAACAAGCUGGUGUACCCGUUGAUUAUGAUUGGGAUCAUGCUUCUUCUUUUCUCCCUUUUCUUAAGAUUUUUUAUGAUGCUACUUUGAGGCUCUCUGGAUCUUUGUAUUCUACUUCUAACGAAUAUUUGCUAGAGCUUGUGGCAAUAAGCAAAAUGAUAAAAAGAAAGUGUGAGAGUAGUAAUAGUGGUGAGAGGUUAAUGGCUUACAAAAUGAAGAAAAAGCAUGAUAAGUAUUGGGAUAAUGUGGAUAACAUUAAUUUGAUGUUAUAUAUUGCUGUUGUGCUUGACCCUCGUCGUAAAAUGUUCUAUGUCAAGUGGGCUAUAGAUGAUCAAUAUGAUUUAGACAAGGCUUCGAAGUUGUAUGGCAUGGUCUCCGAUGCUUUGACUUCUUUGUAUGAACAUUAUGCUUCUUCUCAAACUCAAAAUGUAUCUGUUCCUUCGGAAGUAGUAGAUUUGGCUUCUAUGGAUACGGAUGUAUACAAUGAGCGUGAUGUGGCAGACUAUGAAUUUGAGAAGCAUGUUGGUGCACAAGUUGUUUUGGAAAAAAAACUGAUUUGGAUAAGUAUUUAAAGGAUGAUAGAGAGCCUAAUAUCAUUGGGAAGAGCUUUGAUCCUUUAGGAUGGUGGAAAAAAGCCGAGGAGAGGUAUCCAAUAGUUGCUCUUAUGGCUAGGGAUGUAUUAGCUAUUCCGGUUUCCACAGUCGCUUCAGAAUCUGCAUUUAGCACCGGGGGAAGGAUACUUGAUCAAUUUCGUAGUUCUCUUUCAUCACUUAUGGCAGAAGCUUUAAUAUGCGGACAAGAUUGGUUGCGUGUUGCAAAUCGCCCACUUAUUAUCGAAGAAUGUAUUGCUGAAAUGGAAAAGAUUGAGGAGGAAUUGUCCUCAUUGGUGGAGCAACCAUCGGUUUCCGUCGUUGAUGAUUAUUUCUAAUUAUUAAAUUUCACUUGUUUUUUAUAUUUAAUGUAGUUGAAGACUUUUGUAAACGAUUAAGCGUUGUUGUUGAAGACUUGUAAUUUUGUUUUAAGACUAUUAAGUAUUAUGUGUUGCUUUCUGUUGGGAUGGGUUUGCAUACCUUAGUUGCUGACUUGUUGGCAGCACUGUGUUUUUAAAGAUUGGGAUGAAACAAAUCCUUCCUGAUUUAUGAUAUUGUUUAUAGGUAUUAUUUAAA